AUGCCGUGUAAAUUGUUAAUUUUAUUGGCUAUACUAAGUGUCACUUUGUAAUUUGAUGAGGACGUUGAUGUGCAUGAAGAGAUAGAGAAGGUUAUUAUUAUGAUAAAUGUUGUAGUUGAAAUAAAGUCAAUUUGGAUAAACAAUCUUGGACACAGUCUAGAUUUAAUUAUCUGGGCCUGAACCAUUACAGAAUUUGAUAAAUAUGCUUUAGAAUUUGAAUACUCAAUUGGAAGGAGAACAAGACAGAGAUGACAGAUUACAUGAGAGAUAUUAAUCAUAAUGUGAAAACGUAUAAUCUUGCAAUUCAUUUCUUUAAAGGAUUUGAGCACCUUGGAAGAUAUCAUUAAUGAAUCAACAAGUACAUCAAAAUUGCUUAAGGGAUAGAUUGACUAAUUGGAACCCGAUAAAUAAGCUAAAUUGACAGACUUAGCAAGAACAGAAAGUGAAUUAAAAGAACUCAAAAACGAAUUAGAAUAUUAAACUGAGAAAAGAAAAGAGGAACAAGUUAGAUAUGAAAAAACCUUAGAUAAUUUAGAACAAGGCUUGUAUGCUUUAAAUGAAGCCAAGAAAAUGUUUAACACAUUUCUUAAUGUUCUUAUUAAAAACUAAUAAAGAUUUGCCAGUCUCAUCCAAGUAGAAAAUCAAGAUAAGUUCUUAAAUAAGAAUUAUUCCACUGAUGAUGAAGAUGACCUAACUUUGGUUGAAAUUGCUCAAUAGAUUAAUAAAAUCAAACAUAAUGUAAAAGCAGAAGGAAUCAACUUUCUGUUGCAUGGAAUCUCCCAUAUAGUGAAUCUUUUAUCCAAAGACCCUACAGCAGAAUAAGAAUCAAUGAGUAGAAAAGUCUUGGAAAUCAUUUCACAAGUGGACAAUUGGAUUCAAAAGCAAAGAAUUUAUGAAGAUUUAUGUGAACAACAACGUAAAGAUGCUUUCGGAGCUCUGGCCUAAAUGUUGGAAGAUCAAAUUAUAUUAAAAUAAGAAAAUUUAACCUUCCUUUAAGGUAUUUAUUUAUGGAAAUAAUCAUAUAGGAUCAAUUGAGUCUCUGAAUUCUUAGAUUACAAGUGCUAAAAAUGAAAAGGCAGAAGUCGAUGUGAAAAUAGAAACUAAAACAUCUUAAAAUGAUGAUCGUGAUACCGAAUGUAGAAAUGAAGAAUUGGAUUAUUAAAGUGGCAAAAAUAAGAGGGACAAAGAAAGAGAAGAAUUAGGACUUGUAUUAGAUUUGGUAAUCAAUAAAAUUGGAUAACUCAAAAAGGAAAUAUUAUAAAAAUGA